AGCUUCAGAAAUUUUGCUGCAGGGUAAAGACAAGAUCCGUGCCCUUUUAAAACGGUAACUCUUUGCCUUAAAAGGAUGCAGGGAUCUUUUGGCAAAACAACUGCUUUGCACUCGGAUAUUUACAGCCUAGCCAAGCCUGCAUGCUUUCCAACAGGCGCGCGUAACAAAACCGUCUGAGUGCGCCCAGAUAGUGUUCAGUGCGAGAGGUAGUGUUACUGAGAAGAGUCUAGCCUGCAGCAGAGCCUUCCCGCGCCUAGGCCAGCCUGUGCUCCGCCCUCCGGCUCUCUGCCACGGGCGGCCAGGCGCUCCCUGGGUGGGGCGGCGGCCCGUGCAGAUGCGGCGGGCCACGCGGGGCCGCUGCUGCAGCCGGCUGGGCGGUGCGCCCGGGCAACCUCAGCCGCGCGCCGCGUCGCUGUAAUCGGACACCGAGCGCUCGCCCCGGGCGCCCGGCCACUUGCCAUUCACUCCGAGGUGCGGGGUUGAGCGACGUGGAGACCGGCUCCGGGUGCCACGGCUCGGCCGCCCGGAAUUCUGCUACAAAGAAACUCAGCACCGCCGGCAGGAAUCCCACCCUCGGGACUCUCUGUCUUUAAAGGUCUUCUGGGAAAGGACCUGGGAGACUGGGAAUCCGAGCCCGGAGCAAGUGGCUCAUUUCUCUUGGAUCUUUUCCCACCGCGGUAUUUUCCCUUGGAUAUUAAUUUCCAAAUCAGAAGAAAUGGCAUUCCGGGUGAUUUUUGUGUUGGUUGGAUUAUUUAUUUGUUCCAUUUGUGUCCAAGGAUCUUCCCAGCCUCAAGCAAGAGUUUAUUUAACAUUUGAUGAGCUUCGAGAAACCAAAACCUCUGAAUACUUUAGUCUGUCCCACCAGCAGUUAGACUACAGGAUAUUACUGAUGGAUGAAGAUCAAGACCGGAUCUAUGUGGGGAGCAAAGACCACAUCCUGUCCUUGAAUAUCAACAAUAUCAGUCAAGAACCUUUGAGUGUUUUCUGGCCAGCAUCAACAAUCAAAGUUGAAGAGUGCAAAAUGGCUGGCAAAGAUCCUACUCAUGGCUGUGGGAACUUCGUCCGGGUUAUUCAAACCUUCAACCGUACUCACCUGUAUGUCUGUGGGAGUGGAGCGUUCAGCCCAGUAUGCACCUACCUUAACCGGGGCAGGAGGUCAGAGGACCAAGUUUUCAUGAUUGACUCUAAGUGUGAAUCUGGAAAAGGACGAUGCUCUUUCAACCCCAAUGUGAACACCGUGUCUGUUAUGAUCAAUGAGGAACUCUUCUCAGGAAUGUAUAUAGAUUUCAUGGGAACAGAUGCCGCUAUUUUUCGAAGUUUAACUAAGAGGAAUGCCGUCCGAACUGAUCAACACAAUUCAAAAUGGCUGAGUGAGCCUAUGUUUGUGGAUGCACAUGUGAUCCCAGAUGGCACUGAUCCAAAUGAUGCUAAGGUCUAUUUCUUCUUCAAAGAAAGACUGACUGACAACAAUAGGAGCACAAGACAGAUUCAUUCCAUGAUUGCAAGAAUAUGCCCUAAUGACACUGGAGGACAACGUAGUCUUGUCAACAAGUGGACCACAUUCUUAAAGGCAAGACUUGUGUGCUCAGUCACGGAUGAAGAUGGCCCAGAGACACAUUUUGAUGAACUAGAGGAUGUCUUUCUGCUGGAAACGGACAACCCAAGGACAACACUGGUGUAUGGCAUCUUCACCACAUCAAGCUCUGUUUUUAAAGGAUCAGCAGUGUGUGUAUAUCAUUUAUCUGAUAUACAGACUGUAUUCAACGGGCCUUUUGCCCACAAGGAAGGGCCCAAUCACCAGCUGAUAUCCUAUCAAGGUAGAAUUCCAUAUCCUCGCCCUGGAACUUGCCCAGGAGGGGCCUUUACACCUAAUAUGAGAACCACCAAGGAUUUCCCUGAUGAUGUUGUCACUUUUAUUCGGAACCACCCUCUCAUGUACAAUUCCAUCUACCCGGUUCACAGAAGGCCUCUGAUCGUCCGCACAGGCACCGAUUACAAGUACACAAAGAUAGCUGUGGACCGUGUGAACGCUGCUGAUGGAAGAUACCAUGUUCUGUUUCUGGGGACAGAUCGGGGCACUGUGCAGAAGGUCGUAGUCCUUCCUACCAACAGCUCUGCCAGCGGGGAGCUCAUUCUGGAGGAGCUGGAAGUCUUUAAGAAUCAUGUUCCCAUAACGACAAUGAAAAUCUCAUCCAAAAAGCAACAGUUGUAUGUGAGCUCCAAUGAGGGGGUUUCCCAAGUCUCCCUGCAUCGCUGCCAUAUCUACGGCACAGCCUGUGCUGACUGCUGCCUGGCACGGGAUCCAUACUGUGCCUGGGAUGGCCACUCUUGCUCCAGGUUCUACCCCACUGGGAAGCGGAGAAGCCGAAGACAAGAUGUGAGACAUGGAAAUCCAUUGACACAAUGCCGAGGGUUCAAUCUAAAAGCAUACAGAAAUGCGGCUGAAAUUGUUCAGUACGGAGUAAGAAAUAACAGCACUUUCCUUGAGUGUGCUCCAAAGUCUCCACAGGCAUCUAUCAAGUGGUUGCUGCAGAAAGACAAAGACAGGAGGAAGGAGGUUAAACUGAAUGAGCGCAUUAUAGCCACUUCCCAAGGACUGCUGAUUCGCUCUGUUCAAGAUUCUGACCAAGGACUCUACCACUGCAUUGCCACUGAGAACAGCUUCAAACAGACCAUAGCCAAGAUUAAUUUCAAAGUUUUAGAUUCAGAAAUGGUGGCUGUUGUGACAGACAAGUGGUCCCCAUGGACCUGGGCUGGCUCUGUGAGGGCUCUUCCCUUCCAUCCAAAGGACAUCCUGGGGGCAUUCAGCCACUCGGAAAUGCAGCUCAUCAAUCAGUACUGCAAAGACACCCGGCAGCAGCAGCAGCUGGGUGAAGAACCACAGAAGAUGAGAGGGGACUAUGGCAAGCUGAAGGCUCUCAUCAAUAGCAGGAAAAGC